CAAGGCCUUCCUGCGUCAGGAGACCCCUACGCAGACCCGAGCUCUCGCUCCGAGAGCCCCGAGGGCCCUCUAGCCCCGCGGGGUUGCCCCACUCCCAGCAGGCGUCCUGCGUCCCGGGAGCGGAUUGGGGGCCACGCUUACGGCGACUACGUGUGGAAGCGGGAGGAGGCAACGCGGCCGCCUGGGAAGGGUUAAGCCGUGAUGGACGUGCAUUUUCCACUGGGAUUAGGGAGUGGAGGCGAAAGACCGGCAGGCCCUAGGGCCUGGGGGUGACGGAGGACACUGUCAGUCAUGCACGGUACUGAGUUCUGUCCCCAGCAUGUCGAGGCGCCGAACAUAGCUUUACCCAGAAAUUCCGGUCCGAAGGGGAAGACAGCGCCUGCAAGCCCGAGAGCGAAGCGGGGGAGACAGGGCUGUGUCCCCAGGAAGCCCCAAGCUUGGGCGGGAGACGACACGGCCGUGCCCUUGGGAGCCCGCAGACUGAUGGGGAGACCCAGUGUUUGCUCGCGGGGGGUCUUUUGUAAUCCACAUGAAGAUGGAUCCAGACACCGGGCUGGCGGCCAGCGGCCACCACCGUGACAGCCCCCGGCCAGUGAGCGUCCCACCAGGGUGACCGACAGUGGGCGACACUCCAGGGCUUGGUAACGGAUGGGAUUUUGUGGUUGGAUGAUGGGGUCCCACAACAAGGGUGGAAUUCCUUUUUUAAAGCGAUUAACGGCUUUACUGAAAUUCACCCCUUUACUGUGUGAACGUCAGUCACUUUGGAAUACUUUAGUCUGCACAGCGGGCCUUUUGUAUCUCCAAGGUGUGGACGUCUUUUUCUCCGUUAGUGUUCCCUAAGCAACGGGGUGUAACAUUCCAGUCACCCGCUACAUAGGGCGUUUUGGCUAAUGACAGGCCACAUAGACAAGGGUGUUCCCGUAAGAUUGUAUUGGCGCUGAGAAGAUCCUACCGCCUAGUGACAUGGUAACCAUGGUAACAUCAUGGGCACCACGUCCUCACAGUCUUUGUGGUGAUGCCAGCGCUGCCGCCAUAUAAAGGCAUAGCAGGUGCAACUAUGUACAGGGGUUCCUGACAGGACCUAGCAGAACUAUGAGCUCACCUUUGGCCUCCCUGAGCAAGACCCGGAAAGUACCCCUGCAGUCGGAGCCUGGGCAUCCUGGCCGUGGCUGGGGCCCGCUGCUCAGAACCUCUUCCCUGAUGGCCUCAUGCACGUUUCUUCCUUCUUCCUCCUGCCUGGGCUCCCAGGAGGCGAGGGAUAAGAAUCUACGGAGAUGGGGACAGCGGCUAGAGAGGCCACUUCUGGACCUUGGCCCCAGGGUGGUGACCUGGGUGUCCCUGUCUGCAGAAGACGAGGUGGAUAUGCUGAAUGAUGGAAAUGGCUCAGAAGAAAGGAUCUCUGUCCCUUCCUGCUAUGGCAGCAUAGGCGCCCCUGUGGCAAGGCAAGGCGCUGUAUCCCAUGACUCCGAGGCGUUGGCCUCCGUGGCCAAGCAGCUAUGGGACCUGGAACGGCUGGUGAAGGUCCAGGCUGAUGAGAUGCUGUCCAAGGAUCAGAAGAUACUGGCCCUGGAGGACUUGGUGAAGACCCUCCAGCAGCACCAAGGCGAGGCCUCCCAGCAGCGGCAGGAGGAGCUGGAGACGAUGUGCGCGCAGCUGCAGCGGCAGGUCGGGGAGAUGGAGCGGUUCCUCAGCGACUAUGGGCUGCACUGGGUGGGCGAGCCCAUGGACCAGGAGGACUCCGAGGGUAACAUAGCCUCAGAAGAUGGCGGGAAGGCCUGGAUGACAGCCAAGAAGUUCUGGAAGCCAGGGGACUCGACGGUGCCCCCCGAGGUGGAUUUCGACAGGCUUCUGGCCAGCCUGCAGGACCUCAGUGAGCUGGUGGCGGAGGGGGACAUGCAGGUGACGCCAGUGCCUGGUGGGGCGCGGCUCCGUGUCCUUGAGCCCAUCCCGCUGAAGCUGUACCGGAACGGCAUCAUGAUGUUCGAUGGGCCCUUCCGGCCCUUCCACGACCCCUCCACGCAGCGCUGCCUCCGAGACAUGCUGGAUGGCUUCUUCCCCUCAGAGCUCCAGAGACUGUACCCCAAUGGGGUCCCUUUUAAGGUGAGUGACCUGCGCAAUCAGGUCUACCUGGAGAACGGGCUGGACCCGUUCCCAGGUGAGGGCCGCGUGGUGGGCUGGCAGAAGAUGCGCAAGGCCUCGGACCGGGUGGAGAAGCACCAAGACUCCACGAUGACCGCAGAGAAAUUUCUGAACAAGCUGCCUAAGUUUGUGAUCCGGCAAGGAGAGGUGGUUGACAUCCGGGGCCCCAUCAGGGACACCUUGCAGAGCUGCUGCCCGUUGCCCGCCCGGGUCCAGGAGAUCAUAGUGGAGACACCUGCCUUGGCCACUGAACGGGAGAGGAGCCAGGAGACCCCCAACACCCCUGCGCCCCCACUCUCCAUGCUGCGCAUCAAGUCGGAGAACGGGGAGCAGGCCUUUCUACUGAUGAUGCGGCCCGAGGACACGGUGGGCGAUGUGCGCACCCUGCUAGCACAGGCCAGGGCCACAGAUGCCACCGCCUUCGAGAUCUUCAGCACAUUCCCGCCCACAGUCUACCAGGAUGACUCGCUCACUCUGCAGGCCGCAGGCCUGGUGCCCAACGCUACGCUACUGCUGCGGGCACGCAGGGCCCCGCUGGCCAGCCCUGGCUUCAGUCCAGGUCCUGGCCCCCGCCCCUAAUAAAGCGCACGCCCCGACA